AUUCAUUCACUCUUCCUCUUUCUCUCUUUAUCAAUGUUUGUCAUUGUUAUCAAUUAUUCUUCUUUUCCAUUGUUCCGACCAUAUGAUAUAUUUCUUUCAGCUUUCAUCAAAAGCGAUCGACCAAAAAAGUAUAAAAAUCUUAGCAUAAAGUACGUAAGAGGGUUAGAUCCAAUAAUUAAGCUAUAUGAUGCUGAAAAUAGAGUUGAAGAUGUACUUGAUAUACAUAAAUGGGAUACAGAUUCUGUAGAUGAAUUUCUGUCAACUCAUCUUUCUAAGGAUUAAUAAAAUUAGGAAAUAUACAAAUUGUAUUACA